UAGAAGAUUUGGGAAAGGUGAAGAAUUUCCAGAGAAGUCUAGAGUCUAGUCUACACGGAACCAACAAGCACUAUUUCCCUCCUUCUUCUCCCUCCCUCUGCACAACAAAUCACCGUUCAGAGCUCCACAAACCACCACCACCGCCGCCAUUCUCUUUGUCUCUGUGUUGUGUAAUUGCUAAUUUCGUUUUCAUGGCGGGACACAGGUUGUUGAAGAGAAAAGGAGUCGAUGAAAUCAGCCACGAUUUCUCCGAUUUCUCGCUAUCUUCACCUGCUACCAAGAUUCGCCGUCUCGAUUCUGCUUCUCUCUUGCCGCCGAUUGUCGAAGAAGACGACCAACCACCGUCUUUCACGAACGACGAGAGAGCUCUCGUCCUCUUCAAGCCCCUCCAUCAUCAUUCCCCUUCCUCUUACUCUCUCACCGUCGAUUCUGAGCUUCUAUCUGAAAUCAAGAAUCAACAGCUUCCUUGGUGGACACGCGAGGAGGAACGAGACCUCAAGAGCAACAACCAUCAUUUGGCAAUUGUGCCUUGGGUACCUCAAUCCUCAUCCUUCUCCACACUUGAUGAAGACAACACCAAUGUAGAGUUGAUGGAAGCUGAUGAUGUUAUGGGAGAACAAGAAGAAGGAGAAGGAGUGAUGGAUAUAGAAGAAGAACAACAAGACACUGCUGUUGGUAACGCGCCGUCAACUUCAAUCACCAAUUUCCCAACAACAAUGAAUUUGCCAGAGGGGUUUCAGCAGCAGCAACAGCACUGCUUUUUACCUCACCUUCCUCAAAGCAACUCAACCCCUAUCACCUGGACUCGUUGAAACAUAACUUGCUUUGAAGCUGUUGUGGCUGUUCAUAAUAGAAUGCUAGACUCAUUAGACUAAGAUAAUAGGCUUGCUUGGUUGCAGUUUUGCUAGCUCAGAAAUGGGUUGUUGGGUUGCUCCAAUGCCUUGGUUUAGUAGUUUUUCUCACCAGAGUAUGGGAGUUGGUUGGUCAUUGUCUAUAUUCGUGACCGUGUAACAUGGAUGGGAUGGGAAUGCUAGUUUCUUACAUUUUCAGUAGGCCAUCCAAGUUUAGCAAAGGAAUGAACUAAUCUGUAUGCUUUUUCCACCUUCUUCUUUGAGGUGUUUUCAUGUCUACAUUGAUCAGGAAUGCAUAGUUUCAGAGUAUUGCACUCAA